AUGACAGCAACAUGUACAUUGAAAGAAUACGAAUUACUCGAUGGCACAUCCACGCAAAAGUUAUUCAUUCAUGUUACACCAGCUAUAAUUACUAUUGGCUUACUUGGAAACAUUCUUACCAUGUGUGUAUUCAUAAUCACAGAUCUCAAACGACAAUCAGUGUCUAUUUUAACCAUUACCUUAGCGAUUGUUGAUUCUCUAGUGCUGCUUAUACCUGUUUCACUUUUGUGGUUAGAAACUUUAUUAAAACGAGAAUUAACCGAUGCAUCACCAUUUUGGUGUCGAACGCAUGGAUUUUUUGAUCUAACGUUUACGUGCUGCUCGAGUUGGUUGAUGGUGUUCAUUGCAUUUGAACGCUUUUGUGCUGUUUGGCUGCCUCAUCAAAAUAAAGUUCUAUUUACUCAUCGAAAAAUCUUUUUUCUUGUUCUAUCGCUUCUGCUCGUAUCAACAAUGCUAUCAACCUGGUUUAUAUUUGUCGUGAAAAUGGUUACAAAAACACGAACACCUAAUUUAACACAUACCUCAUCAUCAAUAUUUCGUAGUUCUCUAAAAAAUAUCACGGAAAACAUUCUCUUCUGGCAAUCUUGGCCAUCGGUAUCAGAUAAUUCGACUUCACCCUACUAUGCCAAGUGUGGCGUUUACAAUGAUAGUCUCUACGAUUCGAUGGGCAUGGUUUCAGUUGUAAUCAACUAUUUCCUUCCAUUUCUGUUCGUUUUAUUAUUAAAUUCAACUGUUAUUUAUCGUCUGUGUCGACGUGGUAUGGUUGAAUUAGCAUCAUCAAUAACCGUUACAUUGACACUUGUGUGUCUCGUUCAUCUCUUAUGUACAUUGCCCUUUCAAUGUUGGUGGAUUUACUAUGAAGUUCCUGACCAAACCGGUGACUGUUCGUGGUUGAAGAAGAAACUCACCUGGCGUACGAUAACAUUUACAAUACGAAAUAUUAAUUACAUGGCGAAUUUCUUUCUUUAUUCAUGUUCAUCGAAACUAUUUCGCGAUGAAUUAAAAGGCUUAAUACUUUUAUGUUUAUUACCACACGAGAAAUAUCAAAGUUAUCACUACCGACGACAAUCAUUGUAUGACAAUAUGCAGCAACAGAACGUUUCACUCAUUCGAUUAAUCAUGCGCAGGCUAAGUCGAUCGCCAGACUAUCCAAAUGGUAAUGUAAUUGUUAAUCCAAUUGGUGCCGCUGAGCAUGACAAUGAUCCUGUUACUAAUCUUUAA